AUGAAUAUCUUCAGAAAUCUGGGACCGUCUGUAAGGCGAUUUCCGGUCUUUCCGGGAGUGAAUCAUGUUCGCCUUUUAAGCAUGGGAAUGCGUGCAAUGCAGUUCGAAACGAAAACGCAGGCCACACCUGUGUCAGUCCAAAUGCUGAAAAUUGUGCCCAACGAUACAGAUUUAGUGACUCUGGAGAAGCAGGAUGCAUUGAUCAAGAGAAGGCGGAAGCUUUCCAAGGAGAUCACAAGGUUGAAAAAGUUGAAGCCGGUUUCCCCUGGUCUCAGAUGGUACAGAGCGCCUAUCUACCCAUAUUUGCAUAACGGCCGUCCUGUUCGCGCCUUGACCGUGGCCAAACGUUCAAAUGGUGGUAGAAACCACACAGGUAGGAUCACAGUGCGCCACCGUGGUGGUGGACACAAGCGAAGGAUUCGGUUGGUGGAUUUCACACGUUUUACGCCCGGUGAGCAAACGGUACAGAGGAUAGAAUACGAUCCAGGCAGAUCAGCCCAUAUUGCUCUAUUGAAGCAUUCUGCUACAGGCGAGCUGAGCUACAUCCUCGCAUGUGACGGUUUGAGAGCCGGUGACGUUGUAGAGUCGUACAGAAAAGGUGUACCCGACAAUUUACUUCAGGAGAUGGGUGGUAAAAUUGACCCUGCCAUUUUGAGUGUGCGCACUGCUCAAAGAGGUAACUGUUUACCAGUAUCGAUGAUCCCUGUGGGUGCUAUCAUUCAUAACGUCGGUAUUACACCCGUUGGGCCAGGCAAGUUCUGUCGUGCUGCAGGAACCUACGCCCGUGUGGUAGCCAAAUUGCCAGAAAAAUCGAAGGCAAUUAUUCGUUUGCAAAGUGGGGAACAACGUUAUGUCGCGCUAGAAGCGUGUGCUACAAUGGGCGUUGUCUCCAAUAUCGAUCAUCAGAAUCGUUCCCUGGGUAAGGCAGGUAGAUCGAGAUGGAGAGGUAUAAGACCUACGGUUAGAGGUGUGGCGAUGAAUAAAUGUGAUCACCCUCAUGGUGGUGGUAGAGGUAAAUCUAAGUCCAAAAAGCUAUCCGUGUCUCCAUGGGGUCAACUGGCUAAAGGUUACAAAACCAGAAGAGGCAAAAAUCAAAACAGAAUGAAGGUCAAAGACAGACCAAGAGGGAAAUCGGGCAAGGCCAUGAGACAGUAG